AUGCAUCACGAUUAUUCAUAUAAAUUUCAAACGAAACCGGUGGUGGCUAUGAAUCAGUCUUCAAAUAAAAGACAAAACGAACGAGCUUGUUACAAAUUUGAUGAGAAAUCUGAAUGUCGAUUUGAAGAAAUAGAAAGAAAAAUAGACAAAAUUGAAGAAAAAUUGACAUUUGAAUCGAAUAAGCAAACAGAAAUUGAGCUUAAUUUAAAGAAAUUAAUUAAUCAGGUAGAAUUCAUGAAAAUGUCUGCUUCAAAUUCUAUGCAAAUUACAAAACCAGUAUCUGUGAAAAGACAAGGGUGUCGGAAAACUUCGGUAAAUACUUCUGGAUUCUCGGAUACACAGAGUGGCGACCAAAUAUCGAACCCAAAUGCUUUCACAUGUGUUGCUGACUCAACUGAAAAUGUCCCUAAUCUGUUGAAAAUUGAGGAAACACCCAAUAUAGUCUAUACUUAUAUCAAUAAUUAUCUUAAGGCCGGUAUGUCUGGUAUUGAAAAAGAAUUGUUUGGCAAAUUAGACGUCUUGUUCAAUAAAAUCCAAUCACUAGAAGCACAUACAACUCAAAAGGAAACUGAAGGUGAUAAUGGGCUAACCAAUUCAGAAGAGAUUCUCCUAAGCCAAGAUGAAAAUAGUUCAGAAAUGAGUGUUUAUUCUGAAUAUCAGCUUACACUGAAAGAGCAUAAAGCACGUUUGGAGGAAAUGGAGAAACUAGUCAAACGUUUUGAAACUCCCAUAGUUAACGAAACUAUGAAAAAUGCUUUAAGAGCUGAAGUUAAAAGUAGACAUCAACAGAAUCAACAGCUGCAAAAACUUUUCAACUGUAUAAUUGAAAAACUUCUCGGAGUCAUAGACAAAUGGAAUCCAAAUUUGAAUAAUCUUGAAAUAAAUCCAGUUCCUAAUACUUGUGAUUUGAACGGUUCUGAUCGAUCUGUAAACGAGUCCGAAAAUAACAACUCUAAACUAUCACAGCUCUUACGUUUACUGCAUAAAGAUAUAACUGAUUUACAAACAAAAUUAGAAAAUGAACUAAUGAAAUACGAUGAAGCAUCCACUGUGAAGAAUAUACAAGAACCCUUAGAUUUCAGAACACUAGUUGAGUCUAUUCUGGCAGUGAAAAUCGGUCUCCAGGUGAAAAUUAACAAGUUGGAAAAGCAACUUAAUUUGGAACGUGAAAAGAUUCACAAUGAAGUUGUCAAAUUGAGAGAAAUUUGUGAUCGCUUUAAAAGAAGAGGAGAUGCAUAA